CCUGUAUGGGUGGAGAAGGGUGGGAACAGCUGCUUGCAAAAGCGCAAGCGCGGAUGUCGUGUGAUUGGUCACAUGAUACAGCAGCAGGAAGUAGGUUUCUGCGUUAGUCAAAUUCAUACAGUGAGGAAUAUUUGAAUUUAACAACUGCACGGUAAGAUGCCAAUAUUAAUAUUGCAGUCACAGUGUGUAAAUUGAGGACUUCAGUGCAGCCGGACAAAUGAGUGUGCGUGCUUUGUGGAUUAUUUCUCACGAGAAGGGAGAACAUGUGUCAAUAUGCUUUACAAGGAGGUUUGCUACAGUGGAGCACCGUGCAAAGAGCCUGGCAGGUUCCUCAUAUAUAUCAGUCCCAGAAGACAAUACUGUACUGCAGCUCUUGCUCACUGAGUUGGGGCUUUCAGACCCAGACAAGGCAUAUGUAGCUCUCAGAGAUGAUUGCCUUCAUCGUCAGCGAUCACCAGCCCUGGAGCUGCAUGUGGACAGUCCUGGAAAGGGAAUACUCUGGCCAGUGUUGACCAUCUCACACGGGCCUCUAACCCUAGCUUGUCUGCCUUUAGUGGAUGUCCCUGCUGAGCCACGGCCAGCCCUAGCCAGCCUGUUGUCUGUCUCUCAGGGCCUCACACUCUUGGCAGGUCUGCAGACUUUUCUCCUCGGCUCAGGGGGUAAGCCUGAUAGCGAGGGGCUGGCCUCUCGCCUGGCGAUGCUGCCCUCUGUACUCUUACAGGUUUGUCCACUUGGCACACCCCUGGAUGUGCCACUACUGGGGGCACCUGCUACACCCACAGUGCCCACUCCUGCUGGGAACCAGAAGCAGCCAGCCUGGAAGACGGGGCUCCACCGCGGUCGAGCUGCGGUUAACGUAGCGCUGAUGGAAACUGUACGCUCCAUGCAGUAUGGAAACCGUAGCCGACAGGACCUGUGGGAUGUUUAUGGCACUGUGAUGUGCAAAUGUGAAGUGGAAGGGGUGCUCCCAAAUGUGACAGUGACCCUCACACUGCCACCUAAUGGUUCUCCACUACAGGACAUCCUGGUGCAUCCUUGUGUCACCUCACUGGAUUCUAGUAUCCUGACUGCCAGCAGCGUGGAUAACUUUGAUGGCUCAGCUUUCUCUGGGCCAUAUAAGUUCCCCUUCUCUCCUCCUCUUGAGCCUUUUAGACUAUGCAGCUAUACAUCUCAGGUCCCUGUUCCCCCCAUCCUUGGUACGUAUCAACUGAGGGAAGAAGAGAGCCAGCUGCGUGUGUCAGUAACCCUCAAACUUCACGAGAGUGUGAAGAACAGCUUUGAGUACUGUGAAGCACACAUGCCAUUCUUUAACAGGGAUCAGAUUGGUGUUGCGGAUGUGAAGGUGAGCUCCGGACAACUGGAUGUUUCGAAGGAAAAGAACCUGCUGAUCUGGGCCCUGGGACAAAAGUUCCCUAAAUCUCGUGAGGUCACAAUGGACGGCAAGAUCAUCUUUUCUGGGCCAACACCAGGACCUACGGACCCCCUCUGCACAGAACUUACAGCCUACAUCAAGUUGUAUUUCAAAGUGCCUGACAUGACGCUCUCUGGGUGCUGUGUGGACCAGCAUUCAGUGCAGGUUUAUUCCUCUGCCAAACCACGGAUUAUAACAUCCCGAGAACUUCAAUCCAAAGAGUACUUCAUAUGGAAUUCAACUGGAAGUGCUCCAGUAUCCUCUGGGCAGAUGAUUCUGUAGCACGGAUACAUGAAGAGCAGCUCGGUGGAAAGGUGCUCAGUUCCCUAUACUGUAACGGGACUGAAGACUGCCGAGUGUGUGCAGAGAUUCAGACCGGAUAUGUGACCCCAUAAAAUACAUUUGGUACUAUCCUGUUGUUACUGCAGAGCUCACAAAUGAGAGGAAUUUAAAAAGCAGUCAAAAGUAAUUAGUUGACUGUAAAAGACUGAAUCAUUUUGCUUUCAUUCCGUGUUGUUCACAAUGUGCAAACUUUGACUGGCAGAAGUAUUGCUUUUGUUGACGGAUAGAUGCUUUUGAAAACCUACCUGCCAACUUCUUUUAUCCCCCACCCCUCCCAUCAAAUUUAUCCCAUUGCAGACACAAGGGCCACCCCUCACUCUGACAGUCCCACUUCAGUGACUCUCCAUCAGCCGGAUAAUUAGCAGCUGGGGCCUUGUCAUCAGCUGUUGUGGGCCUGGAGGAGAGGGGCGGCUGGGCUGUGAAAGGCCUGGCUGCACUGGCCAGUGUCUUGGCUACAAAAGACUCCUCUUUUAGAGCUGGCAGGAGUCCUUGGCCCCUCCACCAAUCACUCCCCCACCCCUUUUGACCCCAUCCCCGCCCUGUCAACUAGUGGCUAGUUCAAACACUCAACCUCUCCAGCCAGACUGUGAUUGAGCGCUGACCCUCUGGCCCUCGGAGACUUUAAAGCAGCCGGUCCCUUUCAGCGAGCAGGAGCUGCCUAAUUGGUGAAAAAGUCACAAGGAUGGAAAUGGUUGGGUCGCCUCUUGAGGUUGCAGAGGUGCUUUAACUUAAUUAAUGUAGAAAUGUAAGUUUAUUAUGUUGAUCUUUAUUGUUGUUGCACAAGGCUCAGUGUAGAGACCCCUUUUAAUCAAUGCCUAAUUAUAAAGACAUUGUUUAAAGAGAGGCAUUGCAGAUGUGUCUCACUGUUUACUAGUAUUAUACCUUCACUAUGAUGACUUUCAUGCUAACUCUGUUACAUACUAUGAAAGCUCCACCUUUUAGGAUAUUAAGUUAAAUGAAUGACCAGCUGAUGAAGGGUUAAAUGUGAGGAGAUUGUGCCCCACUAUUCCACAGCAGCCAGACUCCUCUGAGUGCCCUCAUUGUCUGCUGCUGGCCUCUUGUGCCCCUUGCUGGUCCAAAUGCUACAUUCUCACGUGGAUUUCCACUCAGAAGGCUGACCAUGACCAAUCCUCUGUCAAUUGGAACCAAUUGCUCACACGGCAUCCUUCACCUUCUUUUUAUGUAGCAGUACGGAGUGGCAGACACCGAGACCUCUCUGCUCUCCCCCUCCACGAUGAUUUGGCUUUAAGGCCCAGUGUGUGUGGCUAGCGAACUGGAAAAGGAGAAGUUUUUUGAAGAGUUGGGCCACUCUAAAUCUCCUCAGUAUCCCAAUAUGUGGUCAGUCUGGCUCCUCAAGUCUGCAGUCAGUGGCCUCUCACUGGCAGACUUUGCUUUGUUGGUUGAAUGGCUUGCUAAGUAGAUGGACUUGUUUUAAUGUGUUGCUUUGCUCCAGUGCCUUCAGCUUAUACCUUUUUCUUUUGGGUCUUUAAUUCUACAGUCUUUUUCAGAAUCAUUAAUUAUUUAUUUAUUGAAUCAUUGUUUACUCUUGUCUCCACACAGACAGGAAACACUUUUGUACAACGAUCAUCAAAAUAAGCAAAAAUAAAUGUGUAAAAGUAAAGCAGCAGUGUGGAUUGUCAUGAAUCGUGUUAACAUGUCACGAGGUUGCAUAGCCUUAAAUGCUCCAAAUGAUCUUUCACACCGAAAGGUUUAUAUAUCAAAACACCGUGCAGCUGCUCUCCAGUUUACUUUACUGUGUCCCUCAGCACAAUAAUGACACCCAGUGGUAGAGUACAAUAAGGUUCAUGUUUGAUUUUCUUUAAUACAGUUUAAUGCUCAUUUCCUCUAUGGAAAUACUUCUACUCAACCACUGCCAGAUUAUCUUUGCUUGUUUAAUUCCUGUCCAGCCCCCUGCGGAGGGAUGUGAUCCCAGCAGUGUUCAUCUUAACGCACCGUGCCUUAGGACAAGGAUUUAGUCGGCCGCUGCGGCCCCAGGUGUUUGGUCUGAGUCCAGUUCCUCUCCGCCUCUCUAAACCCGCUAAGAGUCGGCCUCGGGGAGACCACUUCAAGAAUGAUGGUGCAAUUAGCAGUUUCCUGUUUCCACUCAUUAUUGUUCGAGAGCCGCAGAUCUUUUCAAAUAAUAGGAUAUCUUUAUACUGAGGGGUUCUUUUGUGCUCAUUUCUCUAACAAAUGCCCAGCCAUAGAAAAGAAGCUUCAAAGCUGGCUGAUUUGAAUCCCAACUCUUUGAACUAAAUAUAAAAUUUAUUUUUGGACGUUUGCUAUCAAUAUUGGGAGGAAGGCUAAAUGAGCCUCGACAGCAAGUGUUCUCACUGCUUCCACCCAUAGAGGGCAUUGUAAACUCAGCCAUGUAGGAAGUGUCCCCAGAACAUCAAGAAUGUUGUUCAUAUUGCAAGAUGGUUAUUGCUUAUUGUCCCAGAUCCCUCUCAAUCCUCUUAAACCUCGUAUCCUCGCUGUUUCCCUUUUGGUUGUCCAUGUUAUGUUUUUGUCUGAAGACAGUCCUCUGUGUCCAGUUUGUUGAGUUCUUUCCUCGCUGUUUCCGGUACGUGGAGCUCGAUCUCUCUGGAUCCGGUCUUCUCCGCUGCAUAGGAGUUGUUUGUCUGGCUCGUGACGCUGUCUCUCUUCACAAAGGUGAGGCAGAUAUUUCGGGUCCAGAAAGCAGCUGGGGUCCAGACUUUCUCCUGUGGUCUCAUCCCAGAAGAUGUCCCUCUCUGUGGGCCUUCUCACUAGUUUCAGCCUCUGGGUGCCUUUUGUAUUUGGACCUCCAACUAAAGGGCCAAAUGAAAAGACAUAUCAAUCAGAAGACUACAUUCAGAUAUAUUUUUUGUAUUAAGCUUGCUUGUUAGAAUCACACACUUGCAGUCUUACCAUAGACGACCUUAUGUCUUCUCUGCUCUCUGGCUUGUCGGAGGUGAGCUCGUCGAUGCCGAUGAGCCUGUUGAGUGAGAGCUGUCUGGGCCUCCAGGACUCCUCCCUAGAAAGACCACAGUGCCAUAGGAAACCAGUGGUGGA